ACAUGUAUCUCCGAGGUGCCUGUGUACCGUGCGUGUGCUACCUUCUAGAGAGCACUAUGAGCUAGGUUUUCCAAAUUAUUUUAUCUAGGCAAAGACAGAUGAGCCAGUUUGCCCAGAGCAUUGGCAGCUAAGUAAUAACAGAGCAGAGCUCACUUUCCAACCGGCGGCCCCCUGCCUUAUAAGGCCCUUAUGCGGAUCACUAUGGUUCACUCAACCGCGAGCAGAGGGGAGUGGUCCCCAAUCACCCCCCGCCCCUCUGCAGCUCAUCUGUUUCUGCCCUUGCCCGCGACGUCCUCCCGCCUGCGCAGACUGUUCGCCCCACCGCCCAGAAGAGCCCAGUGCGGUCAGACGGUCGGCGACAACCCGAGGCCCGGACACCGAAGAGCUAGGCGGAGGUCCAUCCUCAUCGCCUCGCCAGCACGCCUACCGCUCUCGCACAGGCGGGAAACCCGGCACUGGGCAGGGAUGACGAGGACGGGCCGCAGAGCCGGGGUUGACAGCAACUGGGCCUGCGGAGGCCUGCCGGGGGCCUGCCGCGCGUCCGCCUAGGUGCCAGCAGCGUCGCCGGCCAUUGUAGCAUCUGGGGGCCUUCCGGGGCAGGUCCGCGUCUGGGCCUGCGCGGCGCGGGGCCGGGUUGUGCGGGAAGUCCUGGGCCGUGGCUGGGAGCUGCCGGCUCGGCCCCUGACUUCGGGCAGGGGCGGUCAGGCAGCGCGCCGGGCAGCCCUCGGCCAGAGAUUAUGGCUGCGGCGCUGGGGGCGCGAGGGGCGACGCGGCGUUGGUUCGCGGCGCUGCGGGGCAGGAGCCAGAGCCUCGCGGCCAUGGCAUUUGGCUUUAUGUCCCGAGUUGCCCUACAAGCAGAGAAGAUGAAUCAUCACCCGGAGUGGUUCAAUGUGUACAACAAGGUUCAGAUAACUCUCACAUCACAUGACUGUGGAGGACUGACCAAAAGAGAUGUGAAACUGGCCAAGUUUAUUGAAAAAGCAGCUGCUUCUGUGUGAUUUCUUCCAAAACGAUGUAAAAUCUUAUGUACACAUCUAGCUCCAAUGUAUUUUGAAGGCAAUUUAUCAACACAUGAACAUUAAGCCGUAAAUUUAGUUCACCUUUUGAACGAUCACAUUUUGUAAAAUCAGUGCUUAAAUAAAAAUGAUUUAAACUUGA